AUGAAGGAAAAAUUCCUUGAAGAAUUAGAUUGGACAUCUGCCGUUAAAGCCGAUUCAAAUUCUCAAGACUAUCCUACUCGCACAAUGAAAGCUCAUGACUCCAUUAGAGAUGAAGAUACCGAGUCGCUUACAAACUAUUCAAAUCACCAUCGGCUUGACACCGUUGGUGCCAUAGCUGUAGAUAGUAAUAACAACUUUGCAAGUGCAAUAUCGUCUGGUGGAAUUUUACUCAAGUAUAAGGGUAGAGUUGGUCAAGCUGCUGUGCCAGGUCAUGUGGAAAAGAAGCCUGAUCUGAGUGAUAUGAUUAACAAUGGAAUAGAAGAAUGUUUUGAAGAUUUAAUGAGUUCUGCAGCCCUGGCUCAUGUUGAUCCAAGAGAACGUCUUGCUGGAAUGCUGGCAGUUAGCACACUAAAUUCCAAAAGCUCACCGGAUCGAGUAGACAACCAAGAUUUAUACUUAUCUUACGCGCAUAAUACUAAUUCAAUGUGCGUCGGUUAUAUGACGUGCGAUGAUAUUGUUGGCCACUCAGUCAUGAGUAGACAAGACAUAGUGCCUGAAACUAUUGAUAAUGAGCAGCCAACUUGCGAACCACUCGUUAGAACAGUCAAAUUUUCUUUAAAUAUGGUCAAUAGAUAA